CGUUAAUUGAUCAAGAUAGGUAGUUGUCAAAAAUGGAGGUAAUCAGGAGCCCGAGGUAUAUAUAUUUGAGUGCUGCAGCAAUCGCUCCUCGAAUAGAAGACCAUUCAGCUUAUACCAGAGCCAUAUACCAAUCCCAAAUCAAAACACGGCCACCCACAAUGUGUGAAGAACACCUCGUCCAGGAAACACUCGGCCAAAUUUGCUGGCUCGAGGUUCCAGUGCGUGAUGUUCCUCGGGCCAAAGCCUUGUACAUGGACCUCUUCGGCUGGGAGUUUGUACCUGAGCCUCAAAAGGCCGUCGCCGACUGCGUCAAGAGUAUGCACUUCUUUAGCAAGGGCAAGACCCUCCACGGGGCAUUUCUGGAACAUGAUGACGAAUAUCAUGUCAUCAACAACAAUCCCGACAAACCAGGUGCUCUGCCCGUUUUGCCAACCCUAUGCGUACUGGAUUGCGAAGAGACCCUGGCAAAGGCCAAUGCGAUUGGAGUUAAGAUGAAAGAAGUAACUUAA